CAGAGACAGCUGUAAGACGUUGGUUAGAUCAGCUCAAACAGGCUUCCUACGACAUUGAAGAUGUGUUGGAUGAGUGGAACUACGCCAUUCUAAAACAAAAACUAGAGGGGGUUGAAGAUGCUACCGGUCCUAAGAAGAAGGAAUGGGAGGUAUCGGAAAAACCACUCUUGCUCAAUUUGCUUAUAAUCAUGAUGAGAUAAUUAAUAGUUUUGACGAAAGAAUAUGGGUAUGUGUAUCAGAACCUUUUGAUGAGCAUAGAAUUGCUAAAGCAAUUAUUGAGUCUUUAGGAAAUUCAACUAAGGAUUUAAGUGAAUUGCAAUCUCUUCAUCAACGUAUUGGUACAUUAAUCCAGAGUAAGAAAUGUUUUUUGGUGUUAGAUGAUGUGUGGAGUGAGGAUUUCAAAAAAUGGGAACGAUUGUAUCGUUGUUUGAAGAAUAGUGUCCAUGGAAGUAAAAUUUUGAUUACAACACGCAAGAAGUCAGUUGUAGAAAUGAUGGGUUCAAUUGAUAUUAUCGAUGUUCAAGGGUUGAGUAAUGAUGAAUGUUGGUUGUUAUUUAGGCAAUUAGCAUUUUUUGGUAGACCAACUGAGGAAUGUGAAAAAUUAGAAGAGAUUAGCAAAAAGAUUUCAAGUAAGUGUAAAGGUUUGCCUCUUGCUGUAAAGACAUUAGGAAGUCUCUUGCAUUUUAAAAAGCGUUGGGAAGAGUGGAAACAUGUCUUAGAUAGUGAAUUAUGGAAACUUGAAAAAAUUGAAGAAGAUGUUUUUGUGCCAUUAUUAUUGAGUUAUAAUGAAUUGCCUUGUAUGAUGAAAAGAUGUUUUGUAUAUUGUGCUAUAUUUCCCAAAGAUUACAGAUUAAAAAAAGAUGAAUUGAUUAAACUAUGGAUGGCUCAAGGAUAUGUUAAAGAAGAAAAAAAUAAGACAAUGGAUAUAGUUGGUGAAGAGUAUUUUGACUAUUUAGCUUCACGAUCAUUAUUCCAACAAUUUGAAAAAGAUAAUGAAAAUAAUGUGAUUGGAUGUAAGAUGCAUGAUUUAGUGCAUGACUUUGCUCAUUUUUUAAGCAAUAAUGAAUGUGCCCACAUAGAAGUUGAUGGUUCUAAAGAGCCACUCAUAAGCUCUUUUAAUCAUGAGAAAGUUUGCCACAUGAUGGUUACAAUGUAUGGUGAGGAUUUAUUUCUUGAUUCCAUAUUUAGAUUAAGAAUGAUGCGUAGUUUCUUAAAUGAUACAAAAAAUUCUUUGGCUACAUUACCUCGUGAUACCAUGCCUAAAUUAUUUGGUGAAUUGACAUGUUUAAGGGCAUUAAAUAUAGCUAAAAGGUCGUAUCAAAAAAGUUUGAUUAGAGAGAUUCCUAAAGAGAUAGGAAAAUUGAUGCAUUUGAGAUAUUUUAAUUUGAGUGGCUUAGGCAUGAGAAAACUUCCUGAAGCAUUAUGUGGAUUAUAUAAUUUGCAAACUUUAGUUAUUAGUGGAUGUGAUCAAUUGGAAGAAUUACCUCAAGGGAUGGAAAAAUUAAUAAACCUAAGGCAUCUAGAAAAUGAUGACACUUGGGCUUUAAGAUACAUCCCAAAAGGAAUUCAAAAUUUGAGUAAUCUCCGAACCUUAAGGCAUUUCGUGGUAAGUGAUAGUAAUGAUAAGAAAACAUGUAGUCUUGAAGGUUUGAAAUACCUUAAUCUCUUUGGAGAGUUAUUUAUAAAAGGAUUGGGGAAUAUAUCAGAUGUGGAGGAGGUUAAAAGAUCAGAAAUAAAGAAUCAAAAAAACCUCUUUGUUUUGAAACUAGAUUUCCAAAGAAAUGUUGAUGGAAGAGAGAGGAGAAAUGAGGACGAUGAAGCACUUCUUGAAAUCCUAGAACCAUCUUUAAAUUUGGAGAAAUUAAGAAUACUGAAUUACAGGGGCAACACUAUUUUGCCCAACUGGAUGAUGUCCUUAUCGAAGCUUAGGCACUUAAUACUUGUUAGUUGUAGUAACUGUAAACAUUUGCCUCCCUUGGGAGAAUUGCCAUCCCUUGAAUAUUUAGGUAUCUAUUAUAUGAACAAGUUAAAAAGUGUGAGUAAUGAAUUUUUGAGAAAAGAAAAUGACAGCGCAUCUUCAUCAUCUGUUUUCUUUCCUAAAUUGAAAAGAAUUGAAUUUUGGUACAUGGUUGAGUGGGAAGAAUGGGAUUACGAGAUUACUACAAUUGGAGAAGAAGAAGAAGUUAUUACAAUCAUGCCAUCUCUGGUUUCCAUGAAAAUUUAUCACUGUCACAAAUUGAAGGCACUACCAAAACACUUUGAUCAGAAUACAAGAUUGGAAAAAGACAUCUAUGAUUGUCCUAUGCUAGGCUACCCUGGAAGGCGUCAAUAA